UGAUAAAAUUAUUCCAGAAAAAUUGAAUAUGAUGCAGCAAAGAGAAUUCGGAACACUUUUUCAGAAUGAAAAAUCUGAAAAAUAUAAAAAUGAAAUUUUAAAUUCAACAGAAAAAAAAAAUAUAGCAAUUUCAAAAGACAAUCCGCUAUUAAUAUCAGCUGAUUUGUUAGAAAAGAGUUUUCAUAAGAAAAAUUUGGAACGCAAAAAAUCCGAAAUAAAAAAACAACUUUUUGAGAUAUCUUCUAAUACUACUGCUCGACCAAAUUUAAAAAGAAAUUCAUCCGAAGAAGAUGAAAAAGUCAUAAAAAAGCCAAAAGUUAGUUCUAAUCCUUUGACCUUAAAUACGCCGAAUGACGUAAAUUUACUUGCUCUGUCCACUAUUGAAGUAAUAAAAGUACCAGAGAAAGAAAAAGAAGUAAUGCAAGAUCAGAACACAAAAUCUCUUGAUCAGUAUAAUGCACCUUCAUUUAAAUCGCCCACAUCAUGGUAUACUUCAGACACAAUUAAUGAGUACAUUAAAAUGAUAGUAAAACGGUCAGAAGGUGAAGUUUAUGCAGUUGUCACUGAUUUUAUUGUAGCGUAUCUUCGAGGAGGUUAUCCAGCUGUAAGAAGAUGGAUAAAAAAAGAUAUUCACACAAUAAAAUUACUUUUUGUUCCCAUGAAUGUAUAUGGGAGUCAUUGGAUAUUGACAGUGGUUAAUAUACCAGAAAGGACUGUGACAUCAUAUGAUAGUCUUAAGUCGUAUAAGGGUCCUUAUCCAAUGGUAUUAAAAAAUUUCUUAAUUGAAUGGGAGAUGGACAAAAAAGGAAAAGCUUCUACAUGGACAUUACAAAUAGGCGAGACAUCUCGCCAAACCAAUGGACAUGAUUGUGGGCCAUUUACUGUUGAGCUGGCAGAAAAAAUGUCUCGAGGAGAUACAACACCAAUAAAUGCAAAUUUUAUGCCUUUUAUAAGAUUAAGACACAAAAAUGAAAUUAUUGCUGGCGAGCUAUUCUAUUAAUAUUUUUAUGAAUGAAAUUUUAUUGUUGUAUUUUAUAUCAAUUUUCUUAAUAUUCACUAUAAAUUGAAAUUUUUAUUUGUAUACCACCAAACAUUUUUUU